CGAAAGGUUUUUUUACACAGAUAUAUAUUUGCUCUUUGGAUCAAGCAGAUCACUGACUUAAGGCACUUCCUCGGACAAGCCUAGAGUACAUUUUUUAAAGGAAAAUUUGCAUCAAGAUGGUUCCCGUGAAUCCAAAGUACCCACAACCUGUGGACCAGAUAAUCUUUCGUGAAAAGGUCCCACAACCUGGGGACCUGAUAGAAAUCUUUCAUGGUUUAAUCAAUCAUUGGGCUGUAUACGUUGGGGAUGGCUUUGUUGUUCACCUGACAACACCAAAUGGAUCCAGUGCAACAAGCAGCAGCAUCAGUGGCAGCAGCAGCGGGGCUAUGUCAAUUACAAAAGCUGUGGUGAAGCGCGAACCACUGAAAAAUGCUGGAGAUUCCAAAUGGGAAAUCAACAAUUCAAUGGACGGCGAGUGCCGACCCCGGGACGCCGAGAUCAUCGUGGCAGAAGCUCUCCAGCUGGUGGACACCGAGCAGCUGUACAAUUUAUUUUUUAAUAACUGUGAACACUUCGCUAAAGGGUUGCGCUACGGCAUAAGUCAAUCUAAACAGGCAGUUAUUGGAGCAAUCCUUUUGAUGUUGAUCCUUGUAGUUCUAGUUGGAGGUGGAGUUCCAGGUUUAGUAAUGUUAGGACUGGGUUGGUUGGUUUGGGUGGGUUCGGGCAAGAAAAAGGUUAAUGACAAGGACAAACUAAUGUCCAAACUAAAAGACCAUGGAUAAGAGUAUAUGCAGACGCGUCGCCAGACCUGACUCUUAAGGGGGGCAUAUCAAAUGCAUAGGGGAGCACAAUUAUUAUUAGCCUAGAGUAUGUAUAUUUCCUCUAUUCGCGCAGCACAUAAUCAUCACGUUAAACAUAACCAACAGCAAUAUGACCCUAUAGCUAUAGCCUACAACAUCACAUCAUUCCUCAUCAUUUAAAGCAAUACAUUACAUAGAAGCAAUGCUAUGAAUAUAUAUCCAUAAAACACUGGACUAUAGGCUACAACAUAUUAGGUGUAAAAGCAGUUAACAGAGAUAUGCAUUGCCAUUAGGAUAGGAUAGGAUAUAUUUAUUUGUCAUUGGACAGAAGUACAACGAAAUUCAGUGCACUCACGUACUGGUCUCAUUUAAAAAGGUAACAUAAUAAAUAAUAAAUAAAGAAAGAAAAUACAUUCAACAUUUCUUUCACUCACUUCAUGUCGUCAUACACUAUACCGUUAACUUAGUGCCAUUGUAUGCCUAAAAAAAAUAUAUAGUAAAAAAAUAGUAUGCCUUAAAAUAGUAGUACAAAUAUGUAAAGUGCUGAGCAUUGCAUUAGAACCUCCUCAUCAACAUAUCCUUCCACUCAGACGUAAACUUGUGAGUUAGGUCCUUUUCAAAAGCAAGCUGAAUCAGCUGGGCCUUGCGUCUGUGCAGCAUACCGCGCCGAUGCUCUGAGGAGACGUUUUUCAACGUGGAAAAUGAGUUUUCACACAUUGCUGUGGAAGCUCCUAAAGUUAGGGCAAGGGUGUAGGCUGUGAGAACAGUCGGCAUAGCCUGGAGUGCACAGUUGAAUUUGCUGAAUUUGUCAGCUUCAUCAGCUUAUUCCCUUUCAAAAAAAAUAAUAUAUGUUCUUCUUUCAAGCAUGAAUAAAGACACCAAGUCCCUCUGUCAUGACUUUGUACGAUCAAAAUUCUUGUAAAACUUCUGACCCUUGGUAUUAUGUUUAUUUAAAUUAAAAUAAGUAACUUAUUAAAAUAAAUCAAUUUUAUAAGCUGAGGGCGUUUUCAUGAGCCUCAUAGUAUUAGAACAUGUGGUACUUGUUGAUUAGCUCAGUUGUUAUUGCAAUGAAUACGCCCUCAGCUGAUAAAAUAAUGCCAGCGUCUUUUUUCAACUGAAAAUUAACACCCAUGUCAACUUUUUCUGCUCCUUGCACCUUAUCAUGCUUAUCAUGUUACACAGAAUUACUAGCCCCUGCCGACUAAAAAAUGAAACAAUUCAAGAGGCGGCAUAGUUAGAAUCGCCUUGUGGUCAACUGUCAUUUAAUAGUCAUCUGAAAGAUUAUGUCAAGGUUUUAAAAUGAUUAUUAUUAUUAUUAGCUGGUCAUGUUAUAACACAGCUAGUAAUCGUGGAUUUUCUGAUAAAGACUAGCAAGCCUUUUUGACAGACAAAACAGCAGAAACUAGCCUAAAGGUGCGAACACACCAAGCGCGUACCUCGCGUACCAUGUACGCGCGUAACGCACCUAAAAUGUUGCUUGACCAUUUUGUGUCAAAAAUGGUCAGAUACGCGCGUACGCAUACGCGCGUAGAUGAGACCGC